AUGUUGGGGAGGAAGCGACAAAAUAAUAACAUUUAAACAAACAAGCAAAAAAGGCAGUUUAAUGAAUGCAACGAUAUGGGGGAUACUGUAUCGUGACAGAGGGGCAGAGUCGAGAUAAACCCGUCCGUGCACGGUGGAGAGAGGAAGAGACGGACGGACGCUUUGCUAGAGAAACGGGCAGACCUCGAGCCCAUUGGACGAGUCAGACCCCCACUGAGAUCCAAUCACGAGCCGAGGAGCGUCGCCCACACUCAGAGUGCUGUGCUGCGGAACAGGAAGCGAGGAGCCAUGGGGAACAUUUUCGGGAACCUGCUGAAAAGUCUGAUUGGGAAGAAGGAGAUGCGGAUUCUGAUGGUGGGGCUGGACGCUGCUGGGAAAACAACCAUCCUGUACAAACUGAAACUGGGGGAGAUCGUCACCACCAUUCCCACCAUCGGGUUCAAUGUGGAGACAGUGGAAUACAAGAACAUCAGCUUCACUGUGUGGGAUGUGGGCGGCCAGGAUAAGAUCCGCCCCCUCUGGAGGCACUACUUCCAAAACACCCAGGGGCUGAUCUUCGUGGUGGACAGUAAUGACCGGGAGCGAGUGAACGAGGCCCGGGAGGAGCUCAUGAGGAUGCUGGCGGAGGACGAGCUCAGAGAUGCUGUGCUGCUGAUCUUCGCAAACAAACAGGACUUGCCCAACGCCAUGAACGCAGCUGAGAUCACAGACAAGCUGGGGCUGCACUCGCUGCGCCACCGGAACUGGUACAUCCAGGCCACCUGCGCCACCAGCGGGGACGGGCUGUACGAGGGGCUGGACUGGCUGGCCAACCAACUGAAGAACAAGAAGUGAGGGGCAGGGCCCCUGUGAGCAGAACACUGCGAGAAUAACCCUCCCCUGCAUUCCUCACGAGAGCAACCCUCCCCUGCAUUCCUCACGAGAACAACCCUCCCCUGCAUUCCUCACGAGAGCAACCCUCCUCUGCAUUCCACACGAGAAUAACCCUCCCCUGCAUUCCUCACGAGAACAACCCUCCCCUGCAUUCCUCACGAGAACACCCCUCCCCUGCAUUCCUCACGAGAACAACCCUCCCCUGCAUUCCUCACGAGAACAACCCUCCCCUGCAUUCCUCACGAGAAUAACCCUCCCCUGCAUUCCUCACGAGAACAACCCUCCCCUGCAUUCCUCACGAGAAUAACCCUCCCCUGCAUUCCUCACGAGAACACCCCUCCCCUGCAUUCCUCACGAGAACACCCCUCCCCUGCAUUCCUCACGAGAACACCCCUCCCCUGCAUUCCUCACGAGAACAACCCUCCCCUGCAUUCCUCACGAGAACAACCCUCCCCUGCAUUCCUCACGAGAACAACCCUCCCCUGCAUUCCUCACGAGAAUAACCCUCCCCUGCAUUCCUCACGAGAGCAACCCUCCCCUGCAUUCCUCACGAGAGCAACCCUCCCCUGCAUUCCUCACGAGAGCAACCCUCCCCUGCAUUCCUCACGAGAGCAACCCUCCCCUGCAUUCCUCACGAGAAUAACCCUCCCCUGCAUUCCUCACGAGAACACCCCUCCCCUGCAUUCCUCACGAGAACACCCCUCCCCUGCAUUCCUCACGAGAACACCCCUCCCCUGCAUUCCUCACGAGAACACCCCUCCCCUGCAUUCCUCACGAGAACAACCCUCCCCUGCAUUCCACACGAGAAUAACUCUCCCCUGCAUUCCUCACGAGAAUAACCCUCCCCUGCAUUCCUCACCUGCCCUCGACCGGCUCCUUGUGUGAUUCAUUCAUUUUCAGGGGCAAUGGUUUUGCUGCGUGUUUGUUUGUUUAUUUAUUUAUUUAUUUAUUAUCCUAGUCCAGUUCUUUAAAAAAAAAAAGCUGCAUUUUCAAACACUCAUUAAGAAAAGAAUCGGUUUCACAACCCUGAUGAGCACUAACAUUAGACUGCCUUCUCUAACAUUAGGUAAUCCAAGGUUAGUGCAAUAAGAGGCUCUUUGAAACCAGCUGCUAAAAGCUAAUCCAGUUAAACAAUCUGCUCCAGUGCCCUGUUCUCUCAAUAAAAGUGGAAUAAUGUAACAGAGCGAGCAUAGUCUUGGAUGCGUGUGCAUAUAACACUCACAGCUCAUUUCACAGACCCGAGAGCACUAAUCUUGGGACUGCUUUACCCAAGGUAACCUUACUGUAGUCCAAAAUGUGUGCUAAACAGGCUCUGUGAAACACGAGUACAAAAUCAUCAAGUUACACUUCUGUCUGCUAACCUUGUGCGGACCAAACAGACUUGAAGUCUCUAAUGUACCUCCCUGCAAAGCUCCAGUCCUGAAAAGGUGAUAGUGCAGUUUUCAGUUAAGGCAUUAGCGGCAUGUAGUUUAUUUAUUUGGUGUUACGUAUCAUGAUGAUUUAUUAUUGUAUUUUCUUUAUAUUGAUUGUAAUUGAAAACUGAAUUUGCAAGGCAGCUAAUUGGUUGAAGUGCAUCCUAAGAAAAUAAAAUGACUAGACUUGCUUCUGUUCAUGUGUAACUGCAUUCACAAAAGGUCCUCCUGCAGGUAAAUCACUAGCGUACUGCCUACCCCUAUAUAAAACUCAAACUGGACUGUAUUUCUAAAUUCAGCACUAGUGUGUAAUCGUUAGGGGUGGAGUCUAAUUAAAUCUACAUAGAUUUAGUGACCGUAUUCAUCAUAAUAGUCAUUAAAUGGGGGCAGUACUUUUAAUGUCAGCAGGGAUCCAGCCACAGAACGUGAAUGCUGUAUAUAAACUAGACCCUUCAGUGCGUGAAUGAGGAAGACUACUGGACAAACUGAAUUGAUCUCAAUUGUCAAGCCUGCCUGGUUGUGACUGUAUAUUAGUAAGAGGUCAGUGUAUAUGUAUGCUGCUCCUGGCAUUGCAUCGUUAUUGCAGGUGUAUACUUGUGACAUUGUAACUCACCUUCCAUGCAUGCAGUUUCUGUUGCUCUGCUAGUCUAAACGACACAUGCAAUAAAUUCCUGUCGCUCCUGAGGCAGCAUGCACACACCUGAACUGAGGGACUCCCAAAGCAGGGGGAGGGGGAGCAGGUGCACCUGUUCCAUCAUCCUUGUUUGAUUAAAUUUGCAGCAUUGGUUUUGAGAAAGACGUCAAGCAUGGUGGAGGCAUUCGCCAGAACAGUCACUUGACGUUGUUCUUGUUUGAUUUUUGGAAUGCAAACAGAGUAACGUGUAAUUAAGUCAUGUGCUUGUGUUGAUUCCUAGGCUUGCUCGCUCCUCUUUCAGUAACAUUGACAGUUGGUUUCAUUAAUCCUGGGACAGUAAGGCAGUCCAUUAUUCAUGCUAAGCGGGUGAAUCGAACAAAAUGAUUUCAGCAAAAUGAGGCAAAGUGCACUUUGGGUAGAUUUUUAAUCCCUUAUGGAUUGAAAUAAAAAGCCUGCAAUUCUGAAUAAAAGCCUAACUUGCAGUUAUUUCUCAAUAACUUAAAAAACACUGAAUUCUAAAUUCUAAGGUAUUAAAUUUAGUCAAGCAGACAAACGUUUUGACUUCUGCCUUUGUUAGUUUGACAUGUAACUUUAAACAGCAUUACAUUCCUCUCCCAUUUAAAACCUCUCCUAAUGUAACUCCACAUUAACACACCCCCACAGGUUCAUUUACAGUAAAAUAGUCAAGUGUUUUUAUUUUGAUGUGGCCUUAACAUAUUGUUAUCUAUUCUGUUCUAUAUUUUUGCUGAACAGCUGGUUCCUUUUCCGUUUAUGUGAAUGUUGUUCUAGAAUGUGGAUCUGUUGGUUCUUUUCUUCUUGGACUUUGUGUUUUGCUUCAGAUGUUCUUUUGAUAGUGAGUAGCGUUUGGGUCACUUUGAUGGCUGGACGGUGCCUGUAACACCUCAAGUCUAAAAAAAUGCAAAUAUCUAACUGUGAAACGUUGAGUACAAAUUAAACUGUUUUGCGUAUCAACCCUC